AUGGAGACUGCCUUUACGGGCAGGACAUUGUCGUUUCCAGUCGAGGUGUCUGAACUCUCCAAGAUUACGACGACGGUCACGACACCGUUCAACACGCUGAGAUGUUACCUUUCGAUCUACCAGAAAAGCGCUCUCUCGGAUCGACCCAAUUCCACUAAAUCAUUUCGGGCACAGGCAAAGCUUGUCAAAAUUCACAAGGAUACUAUGCGGAAUACCCAACCGACUCAAACGCUGGCUUCCAAUGCCUACACUCGGAAGUGGAUGCUGCUUAGCGCGAGGCCGAAAGCCUUGGUUAGGGAAGUUCAUAGUUUUCACUUCCCCGUGGGCUCGUCGACGUCGGAUCGCAACCUGGACAAAUUAGAGAAAUACGCAGGAGGCCAACAGGAGGCGAAGUUGGACAGGAACGAUUCCAACAAGGAAAGCAGGAAUGGAUCAACAUCCUUUGGCUUGACGGGUACACCACACAACAGAACCUACCAACCUCAAUGUUUCUUUGUUAUCCUUCGCAAGCUGCGGGGUGUAGAGGGUGACUUUAAACGUUGA